AAAAAUUAAAUAUUGCAGAGUAAUUUAAUUCGUUCGAUCUGUUCCUGUGCUUCCCCUUCUCUGCGGUUGCUAGGGUUUCGUCGUCGUGAUCGUGAUGGAGGACACGAAGCCGAGGAAAGAGUCUCGGCGGAGCAAGGAGGAGAGGAGCGGCGACCGGCACCGCGAAAGGGACAGGGACACGGACAAAUACCGGGACCGGGAGGAUCGCGAGAGCCGGCGUUCCGAUCUGGAACGCAGCGUCGAUGACAAGGAACACAGGCAUCGUGACAAGCACCGGGAAUCUCGUCAUCUCAGGGAGAGGGAGAAGGAGCGUGCCAAGGAGAGAACCAAAGAUCGGGAAGAGAGGGAUAGGGAUAAAGAAGAAAGGGAAAGGGAGAAGGAGGAGAGAACGAGGGAGAAAGAGGAGAGGGAUAGGGAGCGGGAAAAAGAGAAGGCCCGGGAGCGGGAGGAUCGAGAAAGGGAGAGGGAGAGAAAGAGGGAGGAGAGAGAGCGAGAUAGGGAGGAGAGGGAGAAGGAAAGAGAAAGAGAGAAGGAGAGAGCCAGGGAGAAGCGGAGGGCUCUGGACAGCGACGAGGAAGAGUAUGAACGGAAGCGGCGGCGGAGGGAGAGCUCUCAUGACCGUGAUCGGGAGAGGAGCAGCCACAGACACGGGGAGGGCAGCGAGGAUAGCAGGCGGAGCCGGGCCACCGACAAAGAGUCUGAUGUUAAGGAAACAAAGACCCGUGAGGAGGUACUUGAAGAGGAGCAGCGGAAAUUGGAUGAAGAAAUAGACAAGCGGCGGCGGAGAGUCCAAGAGUGGCAGGAGAUGCGGAGGAAGAAGGAAGAGGAAGAGAGGGAGAAGAUGGGCUCUGAGAAUGGCAAAGAGGAUGAAGCCAUGUUGGGAAAGAAUUGGACUUUGGAAGGAGAGUCUGAUGAUGAGGACGCUCCUCCAAAGUCUGAUAAGGAUAUAUCUGUUGAUGGGGAUGGUCUCAAGCUGAAAGAUGGGAAUGAUAAUGAUGCUAUGGACGCCAUGGACGAGGAUGCUGCGAAUGGACAUAUUGGUACUAAGGAUUCUGAAGGAGGAAAUGAUGAUGACGAAGAUGAAAUUGAUCCACUUGAUGCUUUCAUGAACUCUAUGGUGCUUCCAGAAGUCGAGAAGCUGCAGAGUGCUGAGAUAGCUGCCAAGCCCCAUGAAAAGAAAGGUAUCAUGACAAAAGCUUCUAAGGAAGCAUUUAGUAAUGGUGAUCGGUUAAGAAAAGGUGAGAAGAAUGCAAUGGGUAGGAUAAUUCCUGGUGAGGAUUCUGAUUCUGACUAUGAGGAUCCUGAGAAUGAGGAGGUUGCUCUUGAAGAUGAAGAUGAUGAAGAGUUCAUGAAAAGAGUGAAGAAGACAAAGGCAGAAAAGCUUUCUAUUGUUGAUCACUCAAAGAUACAAUAUCCACCGUUCAGGAAAAAUUUGUACAUAGAAUUGAAGGAGAUCGCUAGGAUGUCAACUGAGGAGGUUUCAGCCUAUCGGAAGCAGCUUGAAUUGAAGAUACAUGGGAAGGACGUGCCCAAACCUAUAAAAACUUGGAGUCAAGCUGGACUGGGUACCAAAAUUCUUGAUACAAUCAAGAAACUAAGCUUUGAAAAGCCUAUGUCUAUUCAAGCCCAAGCUCUCCCCAUCAUUAUGAGUGGACGAGACUGCAUAGGAAUUGCAAAAACUGGUUCAGGUAAGACACUAGCUUUUGUUUUGCCAAUGCUCAGGCAUAUCAAAGACCAACCUGAGGUGGUGUCUGGUGAGGGCCCUGUUGGACUCGUCAUGGCUCCUACCAGGGAGCUUGUUCAACAGAUUCAUAAUGACAUCAAGAAAUUUGCAAAGCCACUAAACAUCAACUGUGUGCCAGUCUAUGGAGGUUCAGGUGUUGCUCAGCAGAUCAGUGAGCUCAAGCGAGGGACUGAGAUUGUUGUCUGCACUCCUGGUCGAAUGAUAGAUAUACUUUGCACAAGUGGUGGGAAAAUUACUAACCUACGUAGGGUGACCUUUUUGGUAAUGGAUGAAGCCGAUAGAAUGUUUGACAUGGGCUUUGAGCCUCAAAUCACCAGGAUAAUCCAGAAUACAAGGCCAGAUCGCCAAACAGUUCUUUUUUCAGCUACAUUUCCUCGCCAAGUGGAAAUAUUAGCUCGCAAGGUGUUGAACAAGCCUGUUGAGAUCCAAGUUGGUGGAAGAAGUGUGGUUAACAAAGAUAUAACUCAACUAGUUGAGGUCAGACCAGAAAGUGACAGGUUUUUACGAUUGCUAGAAAUCCUCGGCGAAUGGUAUGAGAAGGGGAAGAUUCUUGUUUUUGUUCAUUCUCAAGAUAAAUGUGAUGCUCUCUUUAGGGAUUUACUUAAGCAUAGUUAUCCUUGUCUAUCCCUUCAUGGUGCUAAAGAUCAGACUGACCGUGAAUCUACAAUAUCUGAUUUUAAAAAUAACGUCUGCAACUUGUUGAUUGCUACAAGUAUUGCAGCUAGAGGUUUGGAUGUGAAAGAGCUUGAGCUAGUUGUGAACUUUGACGUUCCAAAUCACUAUGAAGACUAUGUUCACCGUGUUGGCCGAACUGGACGAGCUGGGCGAAAAGGAUGUGCUAUCACAUUCAUUUCACUGGAAGAUGAACGCUAUGCUCCAGAUUUAGUGAAAGCCUUGGAACUUUCAGAACAAGCUGUUCCAGCAGAUCUGAAGGCAUUAGCUAAUGCCUUCAUGGCAAAAGUGAACCAGGGAACAGAGCAAGCUCAUGGAACUGGUUAUGGAGGAAGUGGUUUUAAAUUUAAUGAAGAGGAGGAUGAAGCAAGGAAAGCUGCUAAGAAAGCUCAAGCAAGAGAAUAUGGGUUUGAGGAAGAUAAAUCUGAUUCAGACUCUGAGGAUGAAGGGAUCAGAAAGGCUGGUGGUGAUCUGUCACAAGCUGUAGUUUCUGCCCAUGUUGCAGCAUUAGCUGCAGUUUCGAAGGCAGCAAAUACCUCAAUGCCUACCCAGGUUGUCACCCCAUUGCCAUUUACUGCUGCCCUACCUUCUGCAAAUCUUUCCAAUGUAGCUGCUCUGUCUGCUGUUCCCUCUGUCACUGCUUUGCCUGGUGAGGCUGCUGCUAGAGCGACUGCAAUAGCUGCUGCUUUAAAUUUGAAGCACAAUUUGGCAAAGAUACAAGCUGAAGCUAUGCCUGAGCACUAUGAAGCUGAGUUGGAGAUUAAUGAUUUCCCACAGAAUGCUCGGUGGAAGAUAACACACAAAGAGACAUUAUGGCCAAUUUCCGAAUGGACAGGAGCUGCAAUUACUACUAGGGGUCAAUACUUUCCACCAGGAAAGAUUCCUGGUCCUGGAGAACGCAAACUCUACUUGUUUAUUGAAGGUCCCACUGAGUCUUCAGUUAAGAAAGCCAAAGCUGAGGUGAAAAGAGUUCUUGAAGAUUACACAGCUCAAGCUUUAAAUCUUUCUGGUGCUUCCCAGCCGGGCAAGUAUUCUGUAAUUUGACAACCAUGUUCGUUAUUAUCUAUCUUGAAUGAAGUUGGUGGGGCCGAUUGUGCUUAGGAUUCUGCUUCCUCUUAUGAAUUUUGCUAGCAUUUCGUUUAGACAUGUACGGUAUAUUUAUUCGGCUGUUAUCGUGAACAUGUCUGAUUUUCUCAUGGUAUACCACCAUCUUCCUUUUGGGGACUUGGUUUUUCAUACUGUUAUUUUGCUCAAGCUACUAUACAUCACAUGUAAUUAAUCUCUCAUCAAUCCAUUUCUUGCUUAUGGGAAACCUUUGUUA